CGGUGCUUCUUAGGCAAGUGUUUAGGCAACAUGGCUGCUUACUGAGUUUAGUAGAAAGAGAAUAUGAGUAAAUAAACACAGGGUAGAUGUAAGUGGGGUUCUUACUACCGGCUGCUUCAUUUUAAUGUAGUCGUCGGGGAACAAGGAAGAAACAAAACAUGUCAAACGACGGCAGCAGAAAGCAGUUUUGGAAAAGAAAUGCCUCCAAAGUCCCCGGAAGCAUACAACAUGUAUAUGGGGCUCAGCAUCCUCCUUUUGAUCCUCUGCUACAUGCAAAUUUAAUUAAAACAGGCAGCAAGCAACAGACAACACCAGUGAAACCAAAGAAAGCAACAACCUUUCAGGAGUUUGAAAGUAUCACUAGUGAUGCAUGGGAUGUUGGAGAUGAUGAUGAUGAUGAGCUUUUGGCAAUGGCUGCACAAAACCUAAAUAUAGAAGUUGUAAUGGAAACGGCAAAUAAAGUAAUUGAGAAUCACAGUAAGUUGCAGGAACAGCAGAAACGCCAAGAGCAGCAUUUUGCUAAAGACAAAGAAGAUGAUCACUUGGAUGAGGAAGUAGAGGAAAAGGAAGAUGCACCACAGCUUUCACUUCAUGCAUCUCCAAAUCUUUUCAGUGAAGGCAGAAUGGUGAAGUCAUUCAGUGAAGCUCACAUAGGUUCAGCAAAAGAUUCAGUAAGUGAAAAAACAGCUCUUCAAAGGCAACAGUCUCUUCCGCACAGGCCUGUAAUUCCUUUAGUGGCUAGAAUUGCAGACCAGAAUACAUCGGGGGCUCCAGUAAUAACUGAAAGAGAAGCUUCUCGGUUAGAAAAGUUCACACAGCUGCUGGCAGGACCCAACACUGAUACAGAAGAGUUGCGGAAGCUAAGCUGGUCGGGGAUACCAAGACAAGUUCGAGCAAUAACGUGGAAGAUUCUUUCAAUUCACAUAGAUAUUCCUCGUAUGAAUCCUGAGAGUUUAAUACUACAGCCAAAAGUAACAGAGAUUCACAUUGACAUUCCAAGAACUAAUCCUCUUAUUCCUCUCUUUCAACAAGCUUCUGUGCAAGAGAUCUUUGAACGUAUCCUGUUCAUUUGGGCUAUUCGACAUCCUGCCAGUGGAUAUGUCCAAGGAAUAAAUGAUUUGGUUACACCUUUCUUUGUUGUUUAUGUAUUUGAAUAUAUUGAGGAAGAAGUGGAAAAUUUUGAUGUUUCCAGUCUGCCUGAAGAAGCUCUGCGGAACAUUGAAGCUGACAGUUUCUGGUGCAUGAGCAAGUUGCUUGAUGGCAUUCAGGACAACUAUACCUUUGCUCAGCCUGGAAUUCAAAGGAAAGUCAAAGCUUUGGAAGAACUUGUUAGUCGGAUCGAUGGCUGUUUGGCCUUUGUUGGAAUUCAUGCCUUCUGCCACAACAUUUCUAUGUCAGCAGAAACAUCAGAGGCAGAGCCAGAGGGGUUUUCACACUUCCACUUAUAUGUGUGUGCUGCAUUUCUUGUACAGUGGAGAAAAGAAAUACUGGAAGAAAAAGAUUUUCAGGGCCUCAUGAUCCUGCUUCAGAAUCUUCCUACAAUGCACUGGGGUAAUGAAGAAAUCAGUGUUCUUCUGGCUGAAGCCUACAGAUUAAAAUAUGCUUUUGCUGAUGCACCUAAUCACUAUAAGAGAUGAAAAUUAUGUUGCUGCUGAUGAGAAGUAUCAAGUCUGUCCCAACUUCACAAUUAGAAUAAGAUUAAAUAUGCUAUUUGAUCUCUUAUGUACAGUUCCUAUUAUAAUUUUAUGCUAUUAUUUUGAUAUUGCUGAUGUACACACUCCAGUUUCAUAUCUAUGUUAUUGGCUAUAGCUAAUUCUAUAUGUGUAUAAGAUGUUAAUUAAUCAUGAAAGUUUACUACUAAGUGCAGUUUUGUUCUUGAGGAGGUGAUUUUAUUUGGGCCCCUUCCAAAUGUAAAUAAUUCUGCCAGGUUAUUUUUCAUUGUAAAAAUGUUUUCAAAUCAGAUAUAUGUCAUGUUUCGCUAAUAUAUGAACAGAUUUGUUGGUAUGUGCUAAAAAAAAAUGAAUUUUGAAAUAAUGACAACAUAAAAUGUUUUAAUCUUAAAAACAUUAAUUUAUUUGUAAAAUAUUUCAAGAUGUGGUAUGUUGCUUUUAUCAUAUAAUGGGAUCUCAUAAAAAGUUUCAAAUUAUGUAAUUAUCUCAACCACCAAUGUUUAAACAUUGGCAAUGUCUUUAGUACUUGAUUAUCAACUGAUUAGUAAUUGACAUGUUGGUGUCUUGAAAAAUGGCUGAGCAAAAUAAACGACGAGGUUGUUGUGGAUAUGUAAAUUUACAAAAGGGUUCAAUUGACUUAUUAUUUUAUUUAUUCGUGGAUUCAAAAAAAUUCAGUGCUUUUGUAACCAUUUCUCAGUAGCUAACUUUUUACAAAUCCAGAAUAAUGUGUAUGAUGAUCAAUUGUAUUCUGAAUUAUUAGAACCCAAAACAAUAUAUUUAUGUAUACCUAAAUCCAAAUGUGUUAAUUAGCAUUAUAAUAAUUGUUACAACAAUCAUUGCAAAGCUCAACAUAAUUUUCAUGUUUUGAUUUUUUCUCUGUAUUUCUUUUUUUUUUUUUUUUUUUUAAUUUUUCAAACAAGUUGUGUGUCACGUUUGUGCUUGUUAGGCAAAUGGAAACAGCUGAAAUCUAAAUACGUAGAAAACAAUUGUCCCACAUUAUUAAUUAUUGUGGCAGUCUGAUCAAGGUAACAUUUACAGACAAGACAAGACUGCUGUUGUAUCAUAAAUAAGAUUUUAAAUUUAUACUGUUUCAUUAUCAGUGGUUAACAUUUAAAUGUAAGCAUCUUUGAAUGCCACAGGGUAUUUUUCUUGUUUAGAGCCAAAUUCUUAUUUAUUAUAUCAUAAAAGCAAUUUUUAUUAAUUGUAUGGAUAAAUGUUUUUUUCUUCUUUUAGUUAUUUAAAUUAAAAAAUAAUUUUGUUAAAAAUUAAAGUAUUGGAAAAAAAAUGCACAAAUAAAUUUUGUCUUGGUCAUCUUGUAUGCCUUAGAAGUUAUAUAUAGAAGUAAUAAUAGUGUAAAAUUAUUAUUUUAGUUUUGAUGUCUUUACAUACCUUGAAAAAAUACAACAUUUUGAGGAAAUAGUCUGCUGCCAAAACUGUAGAUCAUUUCUUUGCACUUUUCAUUUUAACUUGGAUUUUUCUUUGGAAAAGCAGGGUCACCAUUCAGUAGACUAUGCCAUUUCUGUGAUGUUAUUCUGUGUUCCAUAGUCAGUAAUUAAAUAUUUCUCUUGACUAAUGCAGCCAUAGUCUAUUUCUUAUCAUUACUUCAUGGAAUAACAGUUUAAGAGCAUGGCAACAUUUUACAACAAAAGACUACCUCAAGAGUACAUUUAAUUUCAAAGUUUUUUUUUUUAUUGAAUGUAAUUCUUAUGAACAUGCAGUAACCAUUUUGCAUUGCAAUUCUAUGUACAGUAUGUCUAAUUUCUUAUGUUCUUGAAUUUGCCUUAAAUAUGGGUACAUGGACUAUUAAGGAAAUAUGAGCAGCAAAAUGUCAUUAUUUGGUCAUUUUAAAAUAAAAUUCUCACUCUCAUAUCAUAAAACAUUUCUACAGAAGCAUAUCCAUAAGCUGCAUGAGUUAGUAACUUACUUAGCUUUAUUGUAAGAGUCUUGAUGAAAUGUUUUCUUUCCUUGAAUGUGCCAUUUAAUGUUUAUUCAUAACUGUGCCAGUUCUAUAGCUCCUUGUAUAUCCCAUACUUAAAAUUUAGCAUUUCAUACUUAAUUACUAUAAAAUAAAGAUUUAUUUUUGCCAGCAGUUUACAUUUAUUAUUUAAUGCCUAAUAUAAGUGUACUUUACAUUUAAUAUUAUUAUGUGCAUAUUAAUUUAAGAUAUUAUAAGAGAAAAAAACUUAGCUCUGUCACCAUAAUUCAGAGCCAAUUUAAAGAAUUUCACAAUAUAAAAGGUGUCUUUGCAAUAAUAUGUUAAAUAACUUUUGUCUUUCAUAAAUGACAUUUGCCUUUCAUUCAUUGUAUUUGUCUAAAUUGUACUAAUUAAUAUUAUCGAUUAAUAGGUUGUUGCAUAUUCAGGGCCUAGAGUGUAAUUUGGGCCAGAGUCAUCUAUUUUGUUUUGGACAUGCUUGUAAUUCAGAAAUGUUCUUUUAUACAUCAUGGGUUAACAAUAUACCUAUUUUAAAUGCUUUCUAGAGUGAAAUGAUCUGUUAAAUACUGUAUAUCUGAGUUCAGAAUGUUUUUUAUUUUUCUUCAGAAGACACACAACACAAUAUGUAUAAUAUGUAGAUAGAUUCAUGAAUACUGGCAGUUCCAUUUUUAUAAGUCUCUAUUUCAUUCUGUUCAGGUGCAGUGAAAAAAAAGAAAAACUAAAAGAAAUCAACACCUGCAGUACAAGUUUUGGAUCUGCUGUGUUUUAGUCUAAAUUGUACUGGGAAGUUUUCAAUCUGUUAUUGACAAUAUUAAAUUGCCAGAUAUGGUCUGUAAAUUAACAAAUCUGAUUUUGAAAAAUAUCUGUAAAUAGGAACUGAACAUGUAAAUAAAAACACAUGAUCUUCAA